CGCUCGAUGUAAACAAAAACAGCGAGUGCUUGUGACCCCAUUAUUUCCUCGUCUUAGUUCGCAGUGAAUAGAACGCCGUUUCCAUUUCGUCCGAAACCAUGGCAGAUACAGCAACCACAACCCCAGCCAAGAAGAAGGUUACAAAGCCUAAGGUGCCAGCAGCGCACCCCAAGUACGUUGACAUGAUCAGGGCCGCCCUGGAAUCUUUGAAAGAGCGUGGCGGAUCUUCCAGACAAGCCAUUCUAAAGUACAUAAUGGCCAACUACAAAGUCGGCAACGACGUCAACUCCAUCAACGCCCACUUGAAAAUGGCUCUGAAGAACGGAGUGAAGAAAGGUGCUCUGAAACAAGCCAAGGGCACAGGCGCCAGUGGCUCCUUCAAGCUUGGUGACAAGCCCAAGACUGAGAAGAAGCCAAAGGCCAAGAAAGUUGCCAAGCCUAAGGCAGCAAAACCCAAGAAGGCCGCAGCAGCAAAACCAAAGAAGGUAGCCGGAGAGAAAAAGACUGCAGAGAAGAAGAAGAAGUCCCCCAAGAAAGCAGCCGGACCGAAGAAGGCCGCCCGUAAGAGCGCCCCAGCCACUGGUGGAGUCAAGAAACCCCACAGAUACAGGCCCGGAACCGUCGCUCUCCGUGAGAUCAGGAGAUACCAGAAAAGCACAGAGUUGCUCAUCAGGAAAUUGCCCUUCCAGCGUCUGGUCCGUGAGAUUGCUCAGGACUUCAAGACUGAUCUGCGAUUCCAGAGCUCCGCCGUCAUGGCCCUCCAGGAAGCCAGCGAAGCUUACCUUGUUGGACUCUUUGAGGACACCAACUUGUGCGCUAUCCACGCCAAGAGAGUCACCAUCAUGCCAAAAGACAUCCAGCUUGCCAGACGUAUCCGUGGCGAGAGAGCUUAAAUUUCUUUGUCUCUGACAAAUACAAAACGGCCGUUUUCACGGCCACCUAAACUUUUAGAAAAGAUGCCUAUAUUACAAUCAAUGAAGACUACAAUUCAACGAAAUUGCACAAGUAAAAAGUGCACAUUUUGAAAACAUGAGAUUAAACCCUACACACAUAAUAUGUACUUCUAAACUCUGCCCUUCUUAUCAUAUUUCACUGUGAACUACAAACAUGACAAUGGUCAAUGGGUAGAAUGAUUUGAUCUGACACAAUAUAAAAGGCCCUUCUGAAGAGAAUAUAUUAUACUAUACCAUACAGCUAUACAUAUGAUUGCAUUGUGAUUGAUUUUUUUCUCUGUAAGUUGUGCAUUUAGUCAUAACAUUACAAGAAAAAUAUUGCCGGAAAAUGUAGGGCUGUACUUGCAUCAGUACUUAAAAUUUACCGACAGAAAUGUGUAUGGCACAUAAUAUUUUAUAAUUAUUGCAACCAUAUUUGAUUCUUAUACUUCAGUCUCAGACAUUCGUGCUAUGAUGCUCGCACAUAUAACUGUGUGUUAUGUUAAAGAAAAUAUAAAGAUAGUGCAAUGAAUUAGUUUAAAAGUAGGAAAAUUCACUACUAAAAGAGCGAUUCUGCAUGAAAUUGAAAUUUGUGUAAUAUUUGUCCCCUGUAGUUCUUUUUUCAUAUUUCAGUGGUAAAGUAUGUCAUGAGCAUGUGUUCAUGUUCUUGUCGGAUUUUGUUUUCUUUUAUUCAGUUUCCUUGUAAAGAAUGGAAAGUGUAUUUUUUAUCUCAAUGAAAUGAACACUUGACUGAAUCACUGGUGCAUAAUUCAUCAAAAAGGGAAGAAAUACACAUUGAAAUUACACUAUAACUGAAAUUGCUAAAGUAAAUAUCAUCAUAUUGCAUUAUGUUUUCAUUUUGAUAUGUACUCACCGGUAAGAAAAAUGAUUUUUUUUUCUUUGCAUGUAUUUAUUACUAGAUUUAAUACAGAAUGUGUGUUUACACUUUAAAAAUGAUAUUAAACAAAAGCAAAAUGAUAAUAAUUAUUGUGUUCCUAUGUUUUGGUAAGAUGUAGAAAAUCUGGAACAAAUGAUUUAUUCAAUACCACCAUC